UUGGAUUACAUAUUUAUAAAUUCCGGCUCCACCACGGUAGUAUAGCUCAUACUCAUACUUUACCACUCUUCCAUUUCUAUUCCACCUUCAAGAGAAAAAAACAUGGCACUUCCCAAAGCCAAGGAAAUCGUUGAUUCAAACCCCGUCGUCAUCUUUAGCAAAACAUACUGUUCUUACUGCUCGACGGUGAAGAAACUGCUGACGGAGCUCGGAGCUUCCUUCAAGGUCAUUGAACUCAAUGUUGAAGAUGAUGGAAGUGAAAUGCAAUCCGGUCUGGCUGAAUGGACCGGGCAGCGCUCCGUCCCGAAUGUGUUCAUUGGUGGCAAACACAUAGGCGGCUGUGAUGCAACCACUGCGUUGCAUGGUGCUGGAAAGCUCGUUCCGUUGCUGACUGAAGCUGGAGCAGUUGCCAAAGCUGAUACCUCAGGAGGUGCCAAAGCUUCUAUCUAGACUACCAAUUAUGCUCCUUACUUGCAAAUGUUAUCAUACUCUACAGCUCAUAAUCUUAUGUUACUUGUACUUAAUUAAGAAUUAUGACUGUGCCGUACUUGCACAUGUUAUGUGAACUCAAGAUUUGAUUUGAUCAAUAAUAAAAAAGGUGCAAGCA